AUGGUUAGAAGGAGAUGUGAGCACUUAAUAUUGUCUGGAUUAAUUCUCAUCAGCUUUAAAAUGAUCAUUUCAGCUAAUACAGGUUUCACUGUAUCUGUUCAUGAAGUGACAUCAAGAAGUAUUUAUCUACGAUGGUCCAAGUUUCCCGGAGCUUUUUCUUAUAGAGUCAUGGCAACCCCUGUGAAUGCAGUCACGCACUCUUUGUCGGUCCAUUUCAGUGAUGUUACGCUUGUAGGCACUGUAGGAUUGCUGUCUCCCAACACAGUUCACACUGUAAAGGUGGAUGCUAUUGAUAAAAAUGGAGUUAUAAUGGCUGAAGCACAGACAAUGCAAUUAACAGCUCCUGAGAUUCCCAUUAUCGAACAAGCCUAUUCAAAGCUGAGCAGCAGUAUCACGGUGGAAUGGGCAGCUGUCGCUGGGGCAUCCAGUUACUUGCUGACAGCACAGGAUGGAGAGUCACUCAUUGCAACAAUAAUCGCAAAUUCUCCAGGCACCGUGACAGGAUUGAAGGCUGCGACCCUGUAUAAAAUCACCAUCCAAUCUAUAAACGCUGGAGGAAGGAGCCUGCCCUCACCGUCAAAGAAGGCAAAGACAGUGCUUGCGGCACCAAUCCUGAUAGCAAAUUCUCCAAGUUAUGACAGCAUUGUGGUGAGCUGGAGAGCUGUCUAUUUGGCUGUUGGAUUCUUCGUGUCUAUCAUGAGAUCAGAUGGUUUGGGUGGUAUGUUGAAAGAAAAUACCACCAACAACUCUCUGAUAUUUUCCAGUCUGGACCCAGGAGCGCUCUAUACCAUCAAGGCACAUGCUUGGGAUGCUAAUGGGAUACCUGGAGAUGAUUUCACCUACAACCAAAGAACAAGGCCUCAUGCACCUGGAGAUGUACAAGUGGUUUUUGAUAGUGGAGCUUUGACAUCCACUGUUUCUUGCUUGCCAACCGAAGGAGCUUCCAGGUACCUCAUUACAGCCUACAGCAGUACGUCCAUCCUGAACUGUAGCACAGCUUCCACUUCCUGCACAAUCUCACCCCUUGAGUGUGGGACUAAGUAUUCCCUCUCGGUUGUAGCAAGCAAUGAAGCUGGUCCCAGCACACCGACAGAAGGUGUAACUUUCAAAACUGUCCCUUGUGCUCCAGGAAGUAUAAUGAUGGAAGAGGACGAGCCAGGCAACCUGGCAGUGUCCUGGUCAGAUGCGGAGCUGGGUGACUAUUAUGUGGCCUUUGUGAAAAGCGAUGAUGGCUUGGAGGUGCACUGCAACACAUCACACACCCAGUGUCACUUCCAAUCAGACUGCGGCUUCACCUAUUUUAUUAGUGUCUUUGCCUAUAACAAGGCAGGCCAGAGCCCUUUGGGUGACAUACUUAAUUAUACCACAGCACCUUGCUGCCCCAGUGAUUUUAACGCAGUGUUCGUAUCUAGUGAUACAGUCCAGAUCGUCUGGUUGCCUGUCCGUGGUGCUGAAAUGUAUGAGACCAAAGCCGUCGACUGGGCCCAUGAGCUAAUCUGCAACGACACAGCUACUGUUUGUACCUUGUCUGCAUUGCAGUGCAAUACCCAGUAUAAUAUCACUGUCUAUUCGUUGAGUGAAAUUAGAGGCAGCAACAUGUCGUGUCCCUCCAAACACGUGGCAACAGCUCCAUGUAGUCCGGAAAUAGUAAGUGUCUCACAGGAUGUUGUUUCUGUAAUUACUGUGCACUGGCAUGCCAAUAACAACGAUGCGACAUAUACAGUCACUGCCAAAGGAGAGGCAGGAAAGUGGCAUUGCACAAGCGCUGGAAAUUCAUGCACUAUCCAUAAUCUCCCAUGUGGGUCACUGUUUUCUAUCAGUGCUGUAGCCAAUACAGAAGCAGGACGCAGCUUGCCUAGUUACAGUGUCCCUUUAGAGACAGCUCCUUGCUGCCCAGCUGAUCUGACAGUGACUCAGCUGACGCAGUCUGUAACGAACAUCAGCUGGUCUAUUGGAACUGGUGCAAAGAUGUACAGGACGAUUUUGAAAUCACACAAAGGGCAAGCCAGAUGCCACACACUCCAGAACUCUUGUCUCUUGGGAUGCAUUACAUGUGGAACCAACUAUUCUGUAUCUCUCAAAGCAAUCAGUGAAACGGGAUUAUUAUCAGACUGUAUAUACAGAGGAUUUUCUUCAAGGCCCUGCUGCCCAUCUGGGGUUAAACUGUAUAGGCUGGGCAACAACGGUAUACGUAUAUACUGGCAGACUCCGGAAGGGUCAGUGAAUUAUAGCACAGACCUGUAUGGCUCAAAAGGAAAUUUCACCUGUACACCCAACAGAGUCUUGACCUACUGCGAUAUCACUGAGAUACCCUGUGGGGAUGUUUAUACAGUUGUGGUGUCACCUGUAACUGACAAUAAAGGAUCUAAACGUGCAUUUUGUCCUGAGAAGAUCUAUUCAGUGACAUGCUCUGGCAGCUCAGUAGGAAUGGUGAUUUACAGAGGAAGGAGAAAUGCAGAUCAUCUAAUGAUACAGGAAAAGCAAACUGAAAGAAUCUGGUAA